AUGGGUUCAAUGAAUUACCAAGAAGCAAUUGAGCUCUUUGAAGGCCAAAAUAUCUUGUACAUGCAGAUAUUUGGCCACCUUAAACCUUUGUGUCUUAAAUGGGCUGUCCAACUAGGUAUUCCAGACAUAAUAAACAAUCAUGGUAAACCUAUCACUCUUCCUCACUUGGUUUCAGCUUUGCAAAUUGCUCCAUCCAAGGCUGAUUUUGUGCACCGCUUGAUGCGCUUCUUGGCCCACAAUGGAAUCUUUGAUAUCCAUCAGAGCCAAGCAGAUCAUGAUCUAACAUUUUCUCUGACCCCUGCAUCAAAGCUUUUGGUCACUGGCAGUGGUUAUUGUUUGUCUCCAAUGGUUCUAUUGAAUACUGAUCCACUUCUCAUGAGUAAAUACCAUCAUUUGGGGGAAUGGAUUCGUGGGGAGGACCCCACACUGUAUGAGACUGCCUUAGGGACAAGUAUUUGGGGACUUAUUGACGGAGAACCUAAAUACUUGAGUCUCUUCAGUGAGGGCAUGGCAAGUGAUUCCCAAAUGGUUGACUUGGCUCUCAAAAAUUGUUCUUCAGUUUUUGAGAACCUAGAUUCCAUCGUGGAUGUAGGUGGUGGAACUGGAACCACAGCCAGAAUUAUCAGCAACGCAUAUCCUAAGUUGAAAUGUGUUGUGCUUGACCUUCCUCAGGUUAUACCAAACUUCACAGGAACCAAUAAUCUAAGUUUUGUUGGUGGUGACAUGUUCAAAUCUAUCCCUCAAGCUGAUGCAAUCCUACUAAAGUGGGUUUUACAUGAUUGGAAUGACGAAAGCUGCAUAAAGAUCUUGCAAAAUUGUAAAGAUUCAAUUUCAGGGAAAGGCAAUAGAGGGAAAGUGAUUAUCAUAGAAACUGUAAUAAAUGAGAAGCUUGAUUGCGAAGACAUGACUCAAACAAAGCUUGGUUUGGAUAUAAGUAUGUUAGCCAUCAAUGGAAAAGAGCGAACCGAGGAAGAAUGGAAACAACUCUUCAUUGAAGCAGGAUUCAAAGACUACAAAAUAUUUCCCAUUUUUGGUUUUAGAUCUCUUAUCGAGGUCUAUCCUUAG